AACUGUCAUUUUCUAUCCGAAAAUGUAAAUAAACAAAUUUAAGUAAAGCGCGGCGAAAAUUUCGAAAACUUAAUGUUUUUUUUAUUUAGGAUUUCUUCACGCAUUUCAUUUUAUGCAUUUUCCCUCAUGAUUUAAACUCUUAUGAUUACCUGAUUUUUGUAUAUACUGUACAUACUAUUGAAUGAUAUCAUAAUGCCUAAUAAAUCAAAAUCAUCAAUAUCUAAUCAAAAGCGUGUUAAAAAUGAAAAGGAAUCAAAGAAAACGAAAUCUAUCAGUAUUUGUUUUAAACAUCAUUUUACCAAUGAAGAAAUCAAAGAUCUGCAAGAAAAUCUUUUAAAGUGGUAUGAUAAGGAACAACGUAAAUUACCUUGGCGUGACAUAGCUAAAACAGAAACUGAUGCUAAUAUUAGAGGCUAUGCUGUCUGGGUGUCAGAAAUUAUGUUGCAACAAACUCAAGUUGCCACUGUUAUUCCAUAUUUUAACAAAUGGAUGAAGAAAUGGCCCACUGUGAAACAUCUUGCUGCUGGGAAGCUUGAAGAAGUGCUACAAAUGUGGGCAGGUCUAGGUUACUAUUCUAGGGGAAGGAGACUUCAUGAGGGAGCUAAAAUUAUAAUGGAAAAACUUGGUGGCAAUAUUCCUCAGGUGGUGCCACAGUUGAUGAAAUCCAUUCCAGGUAUUGGACAAUAUUCAGCUUCAGCGAUUGCAUCUGUUGCAUUUCAAAAAAAUGUGGGUGUUGUUGAUGGUAAUGUAAUCAGAGUUUUAUCCAGAAUUAGAUUGAUUGGUGCAAACGUAUCUCAUCCAGGUGUCCGUGAUCAUUUAUGGGAGCUUGCAAAUAAAAUAGUUUCUAAUAAAAGACCAGGAGAUUUCAAUCAAGCCUUAAUGGAACUUGGUGCUGUUGUCUGUACGCCUCAAAAUCCUAACUGUGCAAAAUGUCCUGUUAGUAGUUGCUGUGCUGUUUAUUCUUUAGCUGAAAAAAGUAAAUUAAAUGGAACUCUAGAUAGUUUUGUUAAAAAUAGUUCAGCUAAGAAAAAAUCUUCUGAUGACAUUCCUGAUAUUGAAAAUGUUGCCGGGUGCAAUUUCUGCUUGCCAUCUUCAGUGUGGGAACAAAACCCCCAAGUUACAGCUUAUCCCCGUAAAGUAGAAAAGAAAAGUGCCAGAGAAGAGAAAGUGAAUGUCAUUGUGAUAAAAAACAAGAAUAAGUACUUUGUUGUGAAGAGACCUGAAAAGGGCUUGCUGGCUGGAUUGUGGGAGUUUCCUAGUAUAGUAAUGCCAGAAGUGCCAUCUGAUUCAAUAGACGUGAAUGUGUUUAUGAAAGAAUUGGGCAUUCCAAACUGUUUGCUUUCAUCUAAACAACAUGUUGGUGAAGUUAUUCACUUAUUUUCUCAUAUACAUACAACAUACAUUGUAGACUAUGUGGUCGUCAAUGAGCCCAUAAAGCCAAGUACUUCGGAAAGAGAAACAAAAUGGAUUUCAGAAGAAGAUAUAAAAACAGAGGCAAUAUCUACUGCUAUGAAAAAAGUGUUUGCUCUUUUUAGGAAACUAGAGGAUUCACCCAAUAAAAAGCCAACAAAUAAGAAGCGGAAACUUACAGCUGAUUCAAAUCAGAAGUCCAUAAAAUCAUUCUUCCGGAAAUCAUAGAUUUAACUUAAUGUACCUGUAACAUUUUUUUUAAUUAUUUCUUUAAAAAUAUUCAUGCAUAGAAACUAAUGAUUUAAUAAAUUUUUAUAAUGACAAAUUCAAAAUACAUUACAAAUCUUACCUCACAAAAAUGCCUUACAAAUCUUAUGAAGGCUUGAAAAUAAAUAAUUAAGUGUACAAAUUUUUCCCUUUUUCAAAAAUUUUUGUUAAUUACUCAAAGUAAAAGUCUAUUAGAUCAUUCUUUCAGAAAUCUUGAGAAUGCUUGUAUUGUUUUCAUAUUUAUUGUGUAUAUUGCAUGUAUAAUUUUAAUUUUAUAACUGAUUUUA